UCUGGAGAUAUUCCUCCAGGGAGCCUUAGAGACCUGGAGUACCUAAACUUGUCAUGGAAUUCUAUUGUCGACGUGCAUAUCUUAGCUUCUUUGGGGAAUCUCACAAACUUGCGACAUUUAGACUUGUGGGGCAAUUCAAUCAGUGGAGAAAUUCCACCAUCCGUAGGAAAAUUUGUCCGAUUGAAGUACCUCGAUUUGAGAUGGAAUCAAUUAUCUGGAGAUAUUCCUCCACGGAGCCUUAGAGACCUGGAGUACCUGGACUUGUCAUGGAAUUUUAAUGUCAUCGUACAUAUAUUUGCUUCUCUGGGGAAUUUCACAAACUUGCGACAUUUAGGGUUGUCGGCCAAUUCAAUCAGCGGAGAAAUUUCACAAACCGUAGGAAAUUUUGUCCGAUUGGAGUACCUAGAUUUGUCCAAUACUGGCAUCAACGGAAAAAUACCACAGGCCAUCGGCAACCUCAGUAACCUAUUGGAAUUACAUUUAUCAGGCAACAAAAUUGUGGGAUGGAUACCACCGAGCAUCGGCAACCUCACCAACUUGGUACACUUAGAUUUAUCAUACAACAAUAUUGUCGGUUGGAUACCACCGAGCAUCAGCAACCUCACCAACUUGGUAACAUUAGAUUUAUCAAGGAAUAAUAUUGUCGGUUGGAUACCACCGAGCAUCGGCAACCUCACCAACUUGGUACACUUAGAUUUAUCAAUGAAUAAUAUUAGCGGAUACAUUCCAGAGACUUUGGGUACUCUCAUCCAUAUGGAGAAAUUAUUUUUAAGCAAUAACCAUAUUUCUGGGCAGAUACCAAAGAAGAUCGGUAAACUCCACUACUUGCAAAACUUGGACAUGUCAUAUAACAACUUAUCAGGUCAGAUACCAACUACGUUGGGUGACCUAUGCAAUUUGACCGUGUUAGAUUUGUCUCACAAUAACAUUGGUGGAGAGCUUACAAAUCUAUUCUAUGGUUUGUCUACUUGUUCACAAGGAGCAUCUAUAUCAUUCUUAGUCCUGAAGGGUAACAAUUUAACCGGGAUUAUUCCUUCGAGCAUGGGCCAAUUAUCUCAGCUACAUAAGGUAGACCUCUCCUCAAACUCGCUGGCAGGCAACAUCACCGAGGCACACUUUUUAAAUCUUACAAGCUUAUCAGAAUUGAUAAUCGCUUCCAACUCCUUGAAUGUGAUGCUACCAAAUGAUUGGCGACCCCCAUUUAGUGCCAUCACUAUCGAUAUGAGCUUUUGUCAUCUCAGAGGAAAAUUUCCCGAAUGGCUUCAGACUCAACAACAAUUGCAAUGGCUUUAUCUAUCCGGAGUUGGAGUCUCAGGCAGCCUCCCUAUUUGGUUUUCAAAUUUCUCAAAAGGUUUGAACAAUCUUAACUUGAGCUCCAACUAUUUGACUGGUCGAUUACCUUCUGCUCCCCAAUCCAUGUUAGAUCUCUCCAACAAUUCAUUCGUCGGGCCCAUACCGUUGAGCUUCGAAGAAGCUACAAGACUCACUUUUUUAUCUUUGUCUCAUAAUCAUAUCAAUGGUGAUUUUCCUCCCUUCUUUUGUAAUAUGAAUUUCCUUGGAGUUCUCGACCUAUCGAACAAUCACUUAAUUGGAGAAGUCUCGGAUUGUCAUAAUUCAUUUCCAAUCUCUCUACAAUCUUUACAUUUAAAUAAUAAUAAUUUAUCCGGAAUGAUUCCUUCAUUUUUGAAAUACUGUGACCGAUUAAUUACCCUUGAUUUAGGUGAAAAUAAAUUAUUUGGUAAAAUUCCGAAAUGGAUAGGAAGAAACCUCUCGUCAUUGAAGGUUCUUCGUCUGAGGUCAAACUUAUUAUAUGGUGUUAUCCCUGAGAACAUAGUGGAUCUCACUUCUCUUCAGGUUUUGGAUCUUUCUUCCAACAAGUUCUUUGGUAGCCUACCAUCAUCUCUAGGAAAUUUCAAUGCCAUGGUUGAGGUACAAAAUGAUACCAGGCCAUUGCUCCAAGAUAACAACUAUACUUAUAUCGAGAGCAGCUUAUUAACAACGAAAGGAUCAAUGGUCGAUUACACAACCAUUCUCUCGCUGGUGACAAGUAUAGACUUGUCAAAUAAUCAUCUCUCUGGUGAAAUCCCAAAAGAACUGACCAAGCUUCUCGGAUUGCGCUUCCUAAACUUGUCCAACAAUCAUUUGACGGGGAGGAUUCCAGAAAAGAUGGGUGACAUGAAACAGCUUGAAUCACUUGACUUAUCGGUGAACAAUCUCACAGGGGAGAUACCUUCAAGCUUUUCUGCUAUGAGUUUUCUGGCCCGUUUGAAUCUGUCUUAUAACAACUUAUCAGGAAAAAUACCAACGAGUGGUCAAUUGUCGACCUUUGACUCAUGGACAUAUGUGGGUAACAAAGACCUCUGCGGUAAGCCACUGGCAGAUUGCCCUGUUUAUCAAACUCCACCUGAUGCCAGAGAUAAAGAUGAUGAGAAGCUCGACAAAUUAUUGGAGUACACCAGUAUUGUGGUUGGAUUUGUGGUUGGCUUUUGGCUGUUUAUUGGCACGCUCAUCAUGAAGCAGGCCAUCAGAUUCGCUUUCUUCCGACGGAUCGACAAGACCAGCGACUGGGUCUAUGUUCAGUUUGCAGUAAAGCUUGCGAAGCUCAAAUCCAAAUGGCAAACAAUGACAUGAACUGCCGUUCAGCUGAUGCAGGAGUCAAACUAGAAGAAGAUGAUGAUGGAGAUAUGCUUGAAACAAUAACAUUAGAUGUUACUAGCGUUGUCGUGGGAUUCAUAGUUGUUUCUGGGGUUUCUAUCGGCGUAGUGAUCGUGAAGCAAGGCUUAAGGAUUACUCUCUUCCAACAAAAUGACAACAUCUAUGGAUGGAUGCAGAUAUGACGAAGAAUCAAUUGAACUGUGGCAAAGUUCUAAGACUGUCUAUGUAGACUUCAUGUAUUUGUGUUCUAGUGUUUUGAUUCAUGAAUGACCAUUUGGUGUUGUCCAGAAAUAAGGUUACUGUUUAAAGAUAACAUCUGAGACAUGGCGUCAGGAUUGCUCUGUUCCAGUUGAUCGACAGGACUUGUGAUUGGAUCUAUGUGCAGGUGGCAGUAAAGCUUAAGGUUAUGUUGGUCCUUCGAAGUUAGCCGCAUCAAAAAUCUUGUUUUUCCAUGGAAUGAUGUUAUCAUAUUAUGCUGUCACAAUAAUCAUCAUAGAUUGUCCAUAUACGUUAUAUGUAUUUGUUUUAGUAUCAGAACAUCUCCAUCUAUCAUCAUUUUGCUAAAUGAUUAAUCGCAAGUGCACAAUUCUGUCUUC